CCGCUGUCUGCCCCCGGGGGCUCGCAGCCCCCAUAGGAGGGGGAGGGGAUGCCCCAGCCCCUGGGGCAGGCCUGCCUGGGUGCCCCUGAGGGAAGGCAGCACCUGUCUGCGUGCUUUUUUUGGCGGGGAAAAGACGCCAGGGACCUGAGCGAAGGCUGCCCGGUCGCAGGGGUUUGCUUCCACCCGAGUCCAGCCGCUGGCCAGGUUUGGGGGGAUGUCUCCUGCACUUGCAAAAGCCCGCGACAAGGACUGUGUUGAAACCCGAGAAGAUGAGGAACAAAACAUCAAGUUGACUGAAAUUUUGGAGCUGCUGGUAGCAGCUGGGUAUUUCAGGGCAAGAAUCAAAGGGCUGUCCCCCUUUGACAAGGUGGUUGGGGGCAUGACCUGGUGCAUUACUACUUGCAGCUUUGACAUUGAUGUUGAUUUGUUGUUUCAGGAAAACUCUACAAUUGGCCAAAAAAUUGCUUUAACUGAGAAAAUUGUAUCUGUCUUACCAAAAAUGAAGUGCCCGCAUCGUCUGGAACCACAUCAGAUCCAGGGCCUGGAUUUCAUUCACAUAUUCCCUGUUGUACAGUGGCUGGUGAAACGUGCAAUAGAAACUAGAGAAGAAAUGGGAGACUAUAUCCGUUCCUAUUCGGUAUCACAGUUUCAGAAAACUCAUAGCUUACCAGAGGAUGAUGAAUUUAAGCAAAGAAAAGAGAAGGCUAUCAAAACGGUUACGGAUAUCUUUGAGGUCUACAAACCCCAAAGAAAAUACAAACGUCAAGAUGGAGCUGAAGAGCUGGUAGAGGAGGAGUCUAAGGUUCAUGCCACCCUUUUGGAAUAUGGGAGGAGGUAUGGAUUUAGCAGACAGGCAGGCAAAACAGAACAGGCUGAGGACAAGAAAAAGGUGCUACCUACAGGGCUUACAGCAGCAGGAAAGACUGAUGCCUAUGAUGACGAUGACCUUCAAGCUGCUGAAGAGCUUCGUAUUAAAACACUGAUGACCGGAAUGGCUGUAAUGGCAACAGAAGAGGGCAGGUUGACAGCAAGUACCGUAGGUCAGAUUGUUGGACUCCAAUCUGAUGAGAUCAAGCAGAUAGUGUCAGAAUAUGCUGGAAAGCAGUCUGAACUUUCUGCUGAGGAACGGCCAGAAAGACUCGGAGCUGCCCAGCAGCAUCGAAGGAAAGUGGCAUCUCUGAACAAGCAGAUUUUACAGAAAACUAAACUUCUGGAAGAGUUACAGGCAACAAAUGCUGAUCUUCAGGCAAGAUGUAGUGAAGCAAAGAAGAUGCUAUCUGAGGUUAAGAGUUACAGUGAAAAACUGGACAAGGAGCUGGCGGCCUUAGAAAUAGAGGAAUCCAAAGCAGAUUCUAGUACAUUACAGAACCUCCGAGCAUUGGUGGCUAUGAAUGAAAAUCUCAAAAGCCAAGAGCAAGAGUUCAAAGCACAUUGUAGGGAAGAAAUGGCACGACUUCAGCAAAACAUUGAGAGUUUGAAAGUUGAAGCAAUGGAAAACGAGGAGGAAAAGGAACCAAAUAAGAUUAUAGACCAACAAUACAAAACGGAGAGAGAGAAACUUCAGAAGAUCCGACUGUUACUGGCCCGAAGAAACAGGGAAAUAGCCGUUUUACAACGUAAGAUUGAUGAAGUGCCCAGCAGAGCUGAGUUAACACAGUAUCAGAAGAGAUUUAUCGAACUCUAUAGUCAGGUGUCUGCAACUCACAAGGAAACCAAGCAGUUCUUCACCCUUUAUAACACACUGGAUGAUAAGAAGGUAUAUUUGGAAAAGGAGGUUAACUUGCUGAACUCAAUUCAUGACAAUUUCCAGCAAGCGAUGGCCUCUUCAGGUUCUCGCGAGCAGUUUCUGCGGCAGAUGGAGCAGAUCGUAGAAGGAAUUAAACAGAAUCGAAUGAAGAUGGAAAAGAAGAAGCAGGAAAACAAAAUGCGAAGAGACCAGUUAAAUGAUGAAUAUUUGGAGCUGCUAGAGAAACAGAGGCUUUACUUUAAAACAGUGAAGGAAUUUAAGGAGGAGUGCCGUAAGAAUGAAAUGUUGCUGUCCAAGCUGAGAGCCAGUUCUUCCUGAAAAACUCUGUCCAGUGAAUUUUAUACUUGAUUGUUCAAUCCAUAAAUUGAAUACCUUUUGAGAAGUGGCAUUGAUGACUGCAAUGUACAUAUAUAUAAACUGCUAUAGAGGUCUUUUUCUUUUCAAUAUGUACUGUUCCACAUUAUUUCAUUUAAUGGCUGUAUUAUUCAUUAUCACCUCCAUUACACAGUAAAGAGUUAAAGCAGCAUAGCAAACUAGAAAUAUUGUCUAAUGUUAUUUAUUUGUUUUCUCACAAUAAGGGUGAUGGGAUUAUUUUGUACUUUGGAUUUAACUGCACUAGUUUUAACUUCAGGAAAAAAAUAUAUUCUCAGUUUGUAACACAGUUGGAAAAAUGAGUUGAGACAUCAUAGAGAGUAUAGAAAAUAGAAUAAAGUGAUCCUUUUAGCCAAAGUAACACAUAGAAAAUGACUUAUUUCACCUGCUAAGAAAAUAGAUUCACUGUGAUAAAUACACAUUCUAGCUAGAAUGAAACUCUAGGCAAUAAAAAGGGAUUCCUGAUGGUUAAGAAAAUGUUAAGAGAAAUUUUGAGAAAAUGCAGACUUAAUUUAUGUAUUUCCCUAGUGUAAACUUAAAGAGUCUAUAUUUUUGUACAUACUUCUGUGAAACUUCAUCUUGCAUUAUCUAUAUAUAUAUGUAUAAGAGAAAGAAGGAGCAGUUAAAUUACUAGUUCCCAGGCACAACAGUUUUUUUAAUCACUAGAAUCAUAUCUCACUGUCUGGCUUGAAAAAUGCACCUAUAAAAAUAAAUUCCAAUUCAGCUCUUAAUUUGGAAAGAUUCAGAUCCAGACCUUCUCCUCUGGAAGCCAAAGUAACUCGUUAGGCCAUGAAGAAGCCAUUCCAGAUGAAGAUUUGGUCUUGUAAGUUUAGAAAACUUUGAACACUUGACUUAGCAGUUUUUAUAUCUGUGUACAGUAUUUUAUAAUUCAAGCAGCUUCUUUUUUGUACAAAACAUCAGGUUUUUGGACUAGACUUGCUAAUGUACAACACAUUCUCUUUUGCCGAACAACCUCAAGUUCUUACUUUUUUCCCCAGUAAUGAUGAUGACAAUGCUGUUAGAUUACUUACUGUGGCAGGUGAAUAAGAAAUAAAAAGCUGUUUCAAAUCCA